AUGUUUCGCCGAGAUAGGAACAACGCUGGUCGGAUUCAGAGAGAGUUUGAGAAUAGUAUGGAGCAAGGUGCUGAGACCAGGUCAAGCACAAAGCAUGGAUCAUUCGAUGAAUCGAACAAAACCGAUUGUGAGCCUCACGAAGCUAAUAACUUACUACGACUGGUUCUACGGAAAGGCCCAACUAGUGGGAAGAGAGAAGAAAAUACCGAACACUCUAGGAAUCGUCGACUUGACCCUCUAGGACUUAAGGUACUUCACGAGCCGAGUGUACUACCAACUGCGGAUAUUGUUUUUGUGCAUGGACUGGGAGGCAGCAGCCAACAGACAUGGUCAAAAGACCACGACCCAAGAUUAUUCUGGCCUUUGGAAUGGCUACCUUAUGAAAAGGCGAUCGCAUCGGCAAGGAUAUCUUCGUUCGGCUACAACGCACAUUUCCUCUCCUCGUCAUCAGGAAGAAAAACAAUUCUGAAUAUCUCUGAUUUUGCAAAAGACCUGCUGUUUCAACUUCGAUUUGCCACAGGGACGGGUGAAUCACCCCUUAAUUUUGGGAGCGUGCCUGUCAUAUUCGUCGCACAUUCGAUGGGCGGCCUGAUCGUCAAGAAGGCAUUGAUCCUCGGGCGCAAUGACUCCAACUAUACUGAUAUCGUUGAGUCCGUCUCAGCCGUACUCUUCUUAUCCACUCCGCACAGAGGGUCAGACCUUGCAAAGACGUUGAACAACCUGUUGUCAGCAUGUAUCCUGACUUUCUCAUCCCAGGAAUACAUUGCAGAGCUCCGGGCUAAUUCGCAGACCUUGCUGGAGAUCAAUGACCAGUUCCGCAACCUAGUCUCCAACAUCGAGCUUUUUUCUUUAUAUGAAACACGACCAACAAGGAUCGGUGGUAUAGAUGUACAAAUUCUGGAGAAGGAUUCAUCAAGUCUAGGGUACCCUGGAGAAGUAUGCAAACCUCUCGAUGCAGAUCAUCAUGAUGUGUGCAAGUACGCAAGCCAACAAGAUCCAAACUAUGUGGUGGUCAGCGACAUACUUAGAUACCUCGUUACUAAAGUCAACCCACAAAAACUUAUGAAAGAGGAGCCAGACCUAGCUGCUGAAAUGGAUGUACUCAGCGAAGCAUUGAACAAUCCAGAUAUUCCUCUUGAUGAUCUGGAAUAUUUUGCUGAUAAGCGACUAUCUGGAUCGUGUAAAUGGAUAUUAGAUUCGCCAACAUUCGCCUCAUUCUUAGAUUAUCAGCUUUCAGUGCCACAAAUCCUUUGGGUGUCAGGCCGGCCAGGUUCAGGAAAGUCCGUCAUCUCGUCAUUUUUGAUAUACACCCUUCAAGAGCAGGAAAUGAAGAAUGCAUUUUACUUUUUCCGAUUCGGAAACCAAGUCAAGAACAACCUAACUUCAUUUCUCCUCUCCGUAGCAUGGCAACUUGCAUCGGAGAUCCCUGAGUACAGAAGACGCUUGGUACGUCUUUUCGACGAUGGACUGAAUGUACGAAAGAUCGCUCCACGUCUGAUUUGGCGGAAGCUUUUCGCCGACACUCUGUUGAAGACCAACAUUAGACAUCCUUUAUUCAUCAUUGUCGACGGGCUGGAUGAGACAGAAUCGGCCUUACUUCUGCUCAAAUUACUGGGCGAACUACCAAAGGCCCGUCUGCCACUACGGUUUAUUCUUGUCAGCAGGAGAACACAGAAUAUAGCCGUUGCUUUCGACAAGCUCAGCAAGGGACUCAGUGUACAAUCGAUGUUAGUGGACAAUGCGGAUGAUGACCUCCGCAUGUAUGUCGAGGACGAGAUGGAAGCAAUGCACGGUGACGCGGCUUUCAAACAGGAUAUCAGUGAACGCAUCCUUACCAAAGCUGACGGCAACUUUUUAUGGGCUCAUCUCGUCGUGAAUGAGAUUCUGCAAUGUCACACAAAAGACGAUGUGGAGGAUGCGAUGAAUCACGUCCCGGAGGAUCUUGAACCACUCUAUGAACGCAUGGAUGAAGCUCUUGCCAAAUCAAUGAAGCCCUCCGAUCGAGCUCUUAGUCAAGCAAUUCUUCGUUGGGCAACAUGCUCUCGUUAUCCUUUGACUUUGGACGAGCUGGAGGAUGCAUUGCGAACAGACCAUCCGGGGGUCUUAAACCUGGAGCAUACAAUACGCACAGUUUGUGGCGAAUUUGUCGUGGUUGAUAAACGGUCACACGUUUCAAUGAUUCAUUCAUCUGCCCGAGAUUUCCUUAUGACCAAGCCUGAUCUACAUUUCCAUGUCAGCCCGCCAGAGACACACCACGCACUCUUCGCAAAGUGUAUCAGUGCUUUGUCUGCUGUCAGCACUCGUAAUCGAACAGACUCUUCAAGACUCACCCACGACUUCCACAGUUUAGACCAUUCCGAAUUUCAAGCUAUUGGGGCUGCAAAAGUGAGCUCGGAGACAAGGAGUUUCUGGCUGUACGCAGCAACUUCCUGGCCGUAUCACCUCAUGGCUAGCGAUGCAUGGGCUGAUCAGGAGUCGGUCCUUCUGCUUUCGAGGUUUUUUCAAAGUCGGUGUGUGCUGCAAUGGAUAUACUUGCUAUCCCAAGCAAGCCUGUUGCGAGUACUAAUCCAGGCGUCUAAGAUUAUGAUGGACUUCCUAAAAGAUUCAGAGAAAUUGGAUGCUGCUAGAAGUCCUCUAACCCAUCGCUUGAAAGAGAAAAGUAUCCUUGCAGACUGGGCAAACGACCUAGUCCGCAUCGUGGGAAAGUUCGGAAGUCAGCUAAUACACCACCCCAGAACCAUUUUCAGUCUCAUUCCCGCCUUCUGCCCUGUACAGUCUAUCAUGUACAGGCAAUUCUCACAAAGGAAGCUCUCCAAGGCGCCGCAAAUCGCAGGACUUACGAAUUCGGAAUGGGAUGAUUGUCUUGCGAAAUUUACAGUUCCAGGAACCAGCAUGCCGCUGAAAAUCUACACCCUAGAUCGAUAUUUUUCGAUCUUGACCAGUGAUGGAAUUGUCAAACUUUACCAUACAUCGACCUCGGAAGAAGCAAGAGUGUUCAGCCACGGCGAAAGAGUACUUACAAUGUCCUUCAGCACUUCAGGCGACAGACUCGCAACUUACGGAAUGCUGAGGACUAAAGUGUGGGACACUCGGACAGCCCGACACUUGUUCUCAAUCACCAACCCUCCAAGGGCCAAAGCGCUCACUAUCGCCUUUACUCAAAACGGUGAGACCAUUCUGACGUGCUCGGACGACCGGGUGGUGAGAUUUUGCGACGUAUCGGAAUGGCAAUACGGCUGGGAGAUCGUGCAGGAUGUCUUCGGCGGCGAACUAACCGAAAAAUCACAGUACACAUCUCCGCAGAAAGUCUCGUUCAAUGCGGAUUGUACAGUGGUCGCAAUCGCAUUCCGUGGCCAUGCUCUCAUGGCUUGGUCCCUCGAUGAACCUCGUCCCUGGCUUAUCGGACGUUGCGAAGGACAGCGUGAGCAGCUUAGUGCAAAACACGUGACCCGUAGCAAAGUCCUUGGUGCGCAUGCGCUUUGCUGGAAUCCCAUGACGGGUCAUGUGCUGGGUAUCUCAAAUGAGGGAUAUAUUUUCAAAUGGCAUCCCUUCGAUCAAGACUAUGCAAGCUCCAUUACUCGAGCCACGAACAUUGAAUGCAGUGCCGAUGGGAGGUACUUUGUCACCAGUAGCAGGAAUGGAGUGCUUCGUGUUUGGGAUUUCGAACAUUUCACUCCAAUCUACAAAUUGUCAUAUGCCGCCUCUAUACAAGACUUUGCGAUUGAUCGCAACGACAUACGAAUAUACGACAUCCGAGACAGAUUCUGCAAUGUUUGGGAGCCUAGCGCCAUUAUGCGCUUACUAAAUUCCGACGACAAGGCCAGCGAGACCACGAGCACGUAUGAAUCCUCCUUACAGACGAACGUACCGUCUGAGGCCCUGGUUGAUGCCCUGGAGCCUGUGACCGCCCUCGCAAUGUGCCCCAAUAAUGACCUGUACGCAGUGGGUACCGACGAAGGCCGUAUUUCCGUCUUCACCUCCGAAGGAAACCAUCUUGCAGACCUCUCUGAGAGAUUCAUGACCAUUGAGCAAAUCUGCUGGAGCCCUGACGGAUCCAUGGUGGCUUCCGUAGAUCUCAGCCGCAGUGUGCUGGUAGAACAACUUGUCCCUCAACCUGAUGGUUUCACAACAGCCACUCUGCUUGUGGCCGCCCAGCCCAACAUCGUUCGACAAGUUCUCUUCAACGCUGCCAGCAACAAACUUCUUGUCUCCACAAAUCCAACGCAUGCCAUCUACCAACCAGAGGGCGGCGAAGGGACUACACAGACAUUUUCCGACUCCGAAUCUCGCAAGUGGAUCAAUCAUCCGCUCAACAAUAACUUCCUGCUUGGAUUUUCUUGCGAUAAUGUCAAGGUGUGCCGCUGGGACGAUUGCGAGCAGGUUGUGUUGAGAAAUCUGGCCACAAACAGUGAGACGGAAGAAUCAUUCUUCGAACUACGCCCAGAGAUGGCUAAAAGAAGGCCAUCUGAGUCCUACCCAAUGAGCCCCGCGGAGAUCACGAAGCUCGUGACGAAAGUACUAUUGUCCCUGGACGGACGCAUGGCUUUGAUCGAAAUCUCCGAGUCCACCACGCAGGGAAAACGCCGCAAGAAGCACAUGAUGAUUGACAUGAGUUCAGUCCUGGACCUCGAGACCGAUAGAAUUGCCACAUUCGCGAUCCCGGCAGAAGUGCAGCCCCUGCUAGAAGUCUCGCUUGGCUUCCUCCCCGUUGACGUUGGGCAGCGAAGGCUAUCGGCCCCAUCUCACCAUCAUCACCGCCGACUAUCAGACCAAUCGAGCCUGCGACUACCCACGUCGCCACGAUCGACGUCGCCAUCACCGUUACGGCGGCCAACGCCGCUAUCAUCAUCACAUUCGUCAUCGACCCUACUGCUCGGAGAAGAACACAUUCUGGCGUUCAUCAACCGCGACUUUUGGGUUUGCACAGCUGCGUUCACAGGCAACCAGGCGGGCCGGAUUGACAAGCACUUUUUCCUGCCGCGCGACUGGGUCAAUUUGGACUGGUUGGAACUCGCUGCCUUGACCAACGACGGAAAAAUCCUCUGCCCACGCAACGGCGAAGUCGCUGUCAUCUCGAACGGCUUCGAGGAGGUGUGGCGUGAUUGA